AUGGAAUGGGUGCAGAUCACUCCGCAGAGCUAUCCGGUCAAUCUUCUAGCAAAAGAUUGGUCGGCACGGCCUUUGUACCUUUCGUCGUUUAUGCAAGAAUUCCCAGCCAUGAUACACGACAUGGAAGUGCUACCCGACGAUGUUUGGCUAGUUUCCUAUCCGAAAACAGGCACCACCUGGUUGCAAGAGCUGCUUUGGUUACUCUUGAACGGCUUGGAUUUUACAGCUGCUCUGUCUAAAGAUUUAGAACUACGUUCGCCCUACUUGGAAUUUGAUUUUGUGCUGCAUAGAGAUGAGCAGCGUGCUCUUAAGCCAGUGCUGGAGCUGCCGUCACCGCGACUCAUCAAGUCUCAUCUGCCAUUGGCGCUUUUACCUGCCCAACUCUGGCAAGGAAAGGGUAAAGUUGUCUACAUCUUUCGCAAUCCUAUAGAUGCGUGGGUAUCCUCGUAUUAUCACAUGAUUACGGUUGGCUUUAUACAUAGCACAACUUUGGAGCAGUUUAUGGAUGAAAGACUCGAUACUGAGUUUCCUAAACGUGCUGCGCUUGAUCAUGCUGCCGAGUUUUAUCAACUACGUAACGAGCCUUGGGUUUAUUAUACGUCAUAUGAGCGCAUGAAAUCGAAUCUGCGUGGUGUUGUUGAGGAUCUCUGCCAGUUCUUGAAUAAAACUGUUACAGAGCAGCAAAUGGAACGACUGCUAAAGCAUCUGUCCUUUGAAGAAAUGAAAAAAAAUCCAACUACAAAUCAUCGGUGGGAGCAUGGGCAACGCCCAAAGCAAAACAACAAUAACAAUGAAGUGUACAAUUUUAUACGCCGCGGUAAAGUUGGCGGCUAUAAAGAUGUCCUCUCGCCUCAGCUGAUUGACAAGGCAAAUGCGUAUAUUGAACAAAGAUUGCAGGCAAAUAAUGUGACUCUAGCACAGCUGCUGCUCUUGGAUGAUGACAAUGUUAAAGAAAGCGGAGCCGUUGGAGCUGGAGCUGCUCUGGGCGUGAUGCUGCUGCUGCUGUUGUCGCUGCUAGCGCCAAUGCAAGCCAACAUGGAGGAGCAUGGCAGUCAUUUGACCAAACGCUAUUCGGAUCAAACGGUGCAUGGUUAUAUGACCGAGCGCACCUGCUGGUGGAAUGAGGUGUGCAAGGAGGAGUUUCAGAAUCUGUUUCGCUGCAAGUGUCCACAAUAUUCUUACUGCCGCUCACCAGGGCGUUAUUAUAAUGCCUACUGUUCAAUGACGGACACCGGUUAUAUUUGGACCCAACUGGCGCUGGGCACAGUUGAGCGCUGAGCUCGUGACGUCAAAGCUGCCACACCAAACACUUACUGCUAACAGUAUUGAUACCACGUUUAGCCAAGUGGCCUACAACUUGAAAUUCUAAACAUGGCACGUAGGCAAUCAAUGUAAUCCUAACAGUUGAUCAUAAAAUAAUGCACACAGUCUGCUGCACAGUCCGAGAUCGACUGGACAACAAAUAGUUAACAAAAAAACACAAUAACAAACAUUUUAACCUGCACUGAAACUAACAUUUUUAUGUAUUUAAAUGUCAG